UUGUGGACUGGUAUUAAUCCUCCAGGCGCUCCUGCAACCUGCACAUGGCUACGCAUGGAUGGCAAAGAUUAAGGCACCAUCCUUGAUGAACUUGCGCAAGAUGCAGAAGGGUUCCAAGUUUGGGGACAAAAAGAUUGUGGUCAUUACCGGAACGAGUUCCGGUCUCGGCAAAGCUGCCACGAAAGCCCUGCUUCGUGCAGGGGAUUAUCACGUGGUGGGUGCCGUACGUGACCUCGAGAAGAUGAAGAUCGUGGCAGAGCUCGAGGGUUUCGACAUGGAUCGUUUCACUCCCAUGUACUUGGACCUCGCAAGCUUUGAAUCGGUUCACAAUUUUGCAAAGGACUUGGACAAGUUCCGAGGGGAUCGCCCCGUGGACCGCUUGGUGUGCAACGCCGCGGUAUAUCAACCUACCCUGAGCUACCCCAAGUGGACCGUGGAUGGACACGAACAGCAGCUGCAGAUCAACUAUUUGAGUCAGUUCCUGCUGACCUCGAAAGUGAUGCCCAUGAUGACCGAGUCAGACGACGCACGCGUGUGCAUGAUUGGAUCUGUGACUGGAAAUGACAAUACUGUGGGUGGAGGUGGAGUUUAUCCCAUCGCCGACUUAAAGGAGUUAGACGGCCUGGAGCUUGGCUGUCAGAAACCGAUUGCCAUGAUGGAUGGCUACAACUUCAACGGCGCCAAGAUGUACAAGGAUACCAAGCUGGCCCUGAUGAUGACCUCCAACAUGUUGCACGAGCGCUUCCACCGCUCCACGGGCAUUUCCUUCAGCUCCAUCUAUCCCGGAUGCAUUGCAGAAUCACCUCUUUUCCGAGAAAAGCGACCCUGGUUCAGGAAGUACUUCCCCAUCUUCAUGAAGUACAUCACUGGAGGAUACGUCGGAGAGGAGGAGGCUGGCACCCGCCUUUUUCAAGUUCUUCAUGAUCCCAAAUGCACCAAGUCUGGUGUGUAUUGGUCCUGGAACGGCGGACCCCGCGAGGGUCGCGGCGUGGAAGCCAUGGAGAAGGGCGGGCAGAUCGUGGGCGCCGGGGGUGCUGGAGGCGGCUGGGAGUCAAUCUAUGAGAACGACCAGUCUGACAAGGUCCACAACAAGGACAUGAUGUUGAAGUUGUGGCAAUGCACCAACGAGAUCACUGGUGCUGAGUGGCCAAAGGCAUAUCAAGCCAAGUCACCUUGUCCCACACUGAAGGUGGUGGGCGCGGCCACCCAGAUCCUGGGCAUCAUGGAAGAACGCGCUCGUAUGAAGGCCUCACGCGAUGGCGAGGGAGCCAAGAUCGUCGGCAACCGGACCUUGCCCAAGGAGGUUGUUUUCCAGCCACAGAACGUCAUGACCAUGGCUCGCGCCGGGCAACCCCUGAGUGAAGUCGCCUCACAAGCAGACGUCUUUAUCCGCUACAAAUGCAAGAAGGGCAAGUGCAAGACCUGCUCCGUGAACAUCAACGGCAAAUGGGUCUGUGCCUGCCAGACCAAGAUCCCUCCGCAGGCCGCCGGGGAACGCUUCGAAGUGAAGGUGAGGCCGGUGUCAGACGACCACAAGACCCAGGAAAAGGCUGCCUUCUUCACCCCCAAGUCCUUCGCGGAUGGUGUGGUGAACAACGGCCUGGGUGUUGUGGGCUUCGUCAAAGAGGCCUUUGGAGCGGAUCCAGACUUCAAGGCGCGCAUGGAGCGCGAGAAGUUGGUCGAGGAGAUGUUGGCCAAAGCCCGCAGGUCGUCGACGUCGUCGACCUCUGUGGGGCCAUCACCAAGCAGCCUCAGGGGGACGCCACAUGGAAGUGGCCAGAUCCAUGAGAUUCGCGAAGUAGCGCCGCGGGAGGUUGAUGCAGACAGCCGUGAGGGACGUUCACAGUUUGCAGUGGCAGGCGUUGCUGCAACUGCCGCCUUUGUGCUGGCAUUGAUCCAUCAUUUUCAAGGUUUCAGGAUGGAUUCGCAACCAGCGGGCGAAGAUCUGGGCGAAGAUCUGACGCAUCUGACGUUUUUCCAAUGUGACGACUUGGUGGGGGCCGAUGGUUCCAAUGGAGAUGGCAGCCGUGCGUCAGCUGCGAAGCAAGCAGCAGCCCCUUUGAAUCCCAUUUUGCCUACUCAGUCUUGGUUUGAAGACACGAUCGUGCAGUUUGAGCGAGAGCAGAUCACAGAAGAGCAGUUCGAUUUGGUCCACGGAUCAUUUCUCAUGGAGGCCUGGCUUGGCGAAUUCAAUAUGUCCACAGAAUGCCCCGAGCCAAUUGAAAUUAUCACGGACGCAGAAGAAGCUGUUUCAAGUUUCAUGAAAGGUGCCAUCAACCACAGGCCAGCUUCAUUUGUCAAAGCGCCGCCGCAAGGUCACCAGACCAUUGGUGGAGCAGAGGCUGGAGUCCGAGCCAUUAAAGAUGCGUUCAACACUCUUCGGCAAGACUUGCGUGAGAAUGGCUGUGAUGUUUGCGUCAGGAAUCAGACAGCUGUGAAUGUGCCAGCUAGCUUGAAGAAAGAUUGCAUUUCCCGAUUUGAGAAGGCAACGUAUUUGCGACCUGAGUUCAACUCAUUGGGGGAUGUCGUUUGUACUGUCAUUGGAGGGCAAGAACGUUUCUUUGUUUGCAAGAGCUUUAAGAUUGUUUCCCCAUUGGAGUGGGACGUCUCCUUGUCUCCAUCUGUUUUGCAUUUUUUCGACCGGAUGCAGCUUGAUGUUUCCAUUGAAGAUCUCUCCGCAAAGAUGUCUGUGCGACGUUUGAGUGGCAAGCAGAAGCCACCGCCAGGCCUGGGUGAAGCUGAUGAACCCAUCCAGCAGAGGUUUCCAGACUUUCCAGCAAACAGAGAGAAACGAGUUUCGUUUGAUCUUCCAAAGAAUCAACCCAUACCAGAAAGUCUCCCAGUUGAAGGGGGUCAACAUCUCGAUGAGAAUCCACAUGAUGUUCCAUAUUCGCCCAGCCUUGCACCCAGUUCUCCAAAGGCAUUGGACGAGCCAGAAAUCAUCCAUGACAUGGAAGUAGACGACUCUGCUGACGGAAUGGUAGACCUAAGUGAAUUUGCAGCUGCUGGAGGCGAACCUACAGCCACGGAAGCUAUGGAGUUAGAUUUGGUAACAGCCUUGGAUAACUUUGAGCUUUCGUAUUUAGAAGAGCGUCACAUUGGCAUGUUGCAAUCGGUUUAUCAGAUCCGCGGAGUGAAACCCAAGAGCAGCAAGGCAAACCUUUGUGGGGAAGAAAUCUUACUUUUGUUUCCUGGAUAUGUCAUCAGUGACGCCAAUGGCCAAUAUCUCGACAAAGACCUUGCGUAUGCAGGGAUGCGCACUGAAAUCGAUUCCAUGACCAGUCAGAAGGUUGGCAGACCAAUCCAUGAGCAGGAAGCCCAGCGUCUUGCCAAGCAAUGGCAGAUUAGUAUAAUCACUUGCCGAUGGGUUUGUGUUGAGAAAGAUCCCUUGAAUGUUCGCAUGCGACUAGUUGCACGGGAAAUGGCAAAAGGAAAGAGUUCUGCCCGUGACCUCAUGGUUUCUUCGCCUACUUCCAGCAUUGAAUCUUUGAGAAUCCUCAUUGCAGAAGCAGCAGUCCUGGACCUGGUGAUUCUAGGCCUGGACAUCAGUGCUGCAUUCAUGGCUUCUCCUCUAGGCCAUAAAUGGCUUGAGAACAAGCGGUUUGGCUUGGGUAGAACACUUAAGUAUUUGCAGUUGCCGUUCAAGACCAUUUGGCCCUACACCUAA